CGCCUAGGCCGUCGUCUCGGUGGCGCGGUCGAGUCAUCGCGGCGCCUCGUUGUCUUGAUCUUUCUUCCUUCCCCCGCCUGGGCGCGGAGGGUGCACCAGCCAAGUGUGGAGGGGAAGCGACUCGGACUUUCCCCUUCGUUUCGUUCUGGUCGGCUCACCGCUUACCCGCGCUGGGGCCUGGGGUCUUUGGGGCCCGCGAGGCCCGGUCUGAGAGGCUGGGGCCUACGUGGGCCCGCCGCUGGGCCCCAUGAGGCACAUCCUGACCAAACUGCUGGCGGCCUCCGGCACCGAUUCACCAACCCGCAGCGAGAGUCCUGCGCAGGCCGCCACCUGCUUACUGCCCCCGGACUUGACCCGGGCGGCAGCAGCGGCGGAGGACGAAGAGACGGCGGCCUUUGGAUCUGCAGGCAGUAAGCAGCCGCGCGGAGACGAGGGCGAGGUGGAGGACGGGAGGGGGGGCCGCGGCGGCGUAGGGCUGCGCGCGCCCUCGCCAGAGGAGAUGGAGGAGGAGGCGGUCGCCAGCGUCCCUGGGGAAGAGACGGAGGACAUGGACUUUCUGUCCGGGCUGGAACUGGCGGAUCUGCUGGACCCCCGGCAACCAGACUGGCAUCUGGAACCCGAACUCAGCUCGCCCGGGCCCCUCUCCUCGUCUGGCGGAGGCUCCGAUAGCGGCGGCCUCUGGAGAGGGGACGACGACGACGAGUCUGCGGCUGCUGAGAUGCAGCGAUUUUCUGACCUGCUGCAGAGGCUGUUAAACGGUAUCGGAGGCUGCAGCAGCGGCAGUGACAGUGGCAGCGGCGAAAAGAGGCGGAGAAAGUCCCCUGGAGGCGGCGGCGGCGGCAGCGGCAACGACAGCACCCAGGCGGCGACAAAGAGUCCUCGGAAGGCGGCGGCGGCUGCUGCCCGUCUUAAUCGGCUGAAGAAAAAGGAGUACGUGAUGGGGCUGGAGAGUCGAGUCCGGGCCUUGGCAGCCGAGAACCAGGAGCUGCGGGCCGAGAAUCGGGAGCUGGGCAAGCGCGUGCAAGCACUGCAGGAGGAGAGUCGCUACCUACGGGCCGUCUUGGCCAACGAGACCGGACUGGCUCGCUUGCUGAGCCGGCUGAGCGGCGUGGGACUGCGGCUGACCACCUCGCUCUUCAGAGACUCGCCCGCCGGUGACCAUGACUACGCCUUGCCGGUGGGAAAGCAGCAGCAGGACCUGCUAGAAGAGGACGACUCAGCGGGAGGAGUGUGUCUUCAUGUGGACAAGGAUAAGGUGUCGGUGGAGUUCUGCUCGGCGUGCGCCCGGAAGGCGUCGUCUUCUCUUAAAAUUUUCUUUUUUAGGUGAUUUCCUUCCUGCCAGGCUCCGUUGUAGGGGUUACAGAACAGUCGUUCCCGUCUCACAACCUGGUAAGGAUCCAUCUCUUCACGUAACGCUCAUGCUCUGCUGCUUAGUCUACUUUAAUGGGCAACAUCUCAAUUUUGUGUGUGUGUGAUUAUUUUUUUUUCUUUUUUGGAAGGUGGGAGGGGAGUCUAAUUUGGGCCCUGUCCACCCUGGAAACAGACUUGUGCUGGUCAAUAAUGUAUUUAAGAUGCUUCUUAUGGUUGAAAUAGCUGUUAAUGUGUCCCCUUGUUCAGAGUUGCGUGUACCUAGCUCUUCUGUCCCCAGUGUGGACAUGGCCUUGGAAGACAUCGAUUCCAACUGUACACUGAAAGCUGCUAAUAGAGAUACAGUUUGGAGACAGUGAAACAGGUGAAGUUGAAUGGAAGUUCCGAGUUGUACGAGGUGCAAAUUGGAAUUCCAGUUUUAGGACAACUUUUCAGAGGUUGACAAUAAAUGUUUGGGGCAUGCACAAAUGUGAUAGUUGUUUUGCUGGGAGUGACAGCGAAAUAACUCUUAAAUAUUCAAGAAUGCCUUUUAGUUUUAAGUAGAAAAUAUAGAAAUACAAUAUUCAAAUUAAUAGAUUUUAAUAUCUCACCAUUAGAGAAGUUGGAAGUUAACAUGCAUAUCAGACUCCUGUGUUAGUUACUUGAAGGAGGAAUGAGAAUGGUUAAUGAAAUGUUUCUUUGAGAGCCAGCACAGUGAUAUUACCCUGUCACUGAGUAUGAAUAAAUUGUUGAACACCUUUAUUUUUGUUGUAUUAAAAUUUUAGGUUAAAUUUAUGUAUGAUUAGAUUUUAAAGGUUGUGAAAUAUGAAUGAAAACAUGUAAAGUGAGGCUUCACAAAGAAUCUUAUUUUCUGUAUUUAAAAACUAUUUGUCCUAUUUAAAAAUAAUUUUAGAAAUCGAAUGGUUCUGUCUACUUAAUGACAUGAUUGACUCUUUCCAAAGAUGGGAUACAUUCUUCCCUUGAAGUACUCUUAUCUAUCGUCCAAUUGUAUAUACUGAGUUACGGUGGCCUUCAGUGUAAGAGGCAUUAAGAAAUUCUUUGUGAAACAUCACUGUUUGAUAAAGUAUAUACCUAUUUAGCAUCCUUGUUUUUCUUUGUGCUAAAGUGGAUACAGCUGUUGGGGCAGAAGAGACGGGACCAGCUGCUGGCCACAUUUCCUGCUUUAUUUUAAAAGGUAGUAUAAGAAAUGAGGAAAAGAGGUAAUAUCAGGGCUUCUGCUGUCUUAUUUUAAAAUGUUCAUAAUUAAAAAGUAUUUUCCAGCAGUCCAAAGAUGUAAGUUAUCUUACACACAAAAUGUUUUAUUUUGUUGUUAUUUGGUUAUGAAAAUGGAAUCCUUGUUCUUGCACAACUGUAAAUGUUUUGUUGCUAGAUAAUGCUAUUUGAGACCAAACUUGGUCUCUGGUUUCCAGUGCAUCACAGCAGAUUUUGUAAAAUCAUCUACUGCACUUGAGCAUGAAUGGGUAGUAGCCAAACUCACAACCUGGAGUGGAUGAACCUGCUUAUACCUAAGUGCAGGAGCAAGCCCCUCACAAUGCAUGGAUAUUUUAGUGCCUACUGAAAUACAAAUAUUUAAAUAUAUAUAAAUAUAUACCAAAAUAUAUUUAUAUAUAUCAAAAGUAGUUGGAAGAGUUAUUUGAAAUGACUAAUUUGUGCUAUCUAUGGAAUAUGUUAAAUGUAGCUUUUUGAAACUGAAGCCUUGAAUUGAAAUUUAAUUAAUACUUGAACAUUUUGUAUAUAUUUCUUUGUAUAUAAUUUUGUGCAGUACCAAUGACAAAAAUACAGUGUCAUAAUAAAACCAGGUUUGAUGAUCUUUCAGUUAUGGGCUCAAACACUUUUUUCAUCUCUAAUAUGACAUUGAAAAAUAAUGGAUGAGAAUAGGAAAAAUGAUUGUUGUUAAUGCUGACUGUGGGUCUUAAAAGGUUCUGGAAGCAGUAAGUGCGUUUUUUCUAAAAAUUAUACGAUUCCUUGGAAUAUUUUCUCCUAACGUCAAUGAUUUUCCUGCAUUAUUUGAAGUUGGGGCUCGGGAAAAACAGUAGUCAAAAGCUUUCUGAAUUGGGAUGCUUUGAAAUUCCAAGUGUAGAUUUGUAGAAUGUCAUUUUAUAAAUGGCAGUUUUUUGGAAAUACUUGAUUAAGAACUUUUGAAAGUGGAGACUAGUAUCGCCUAUUUUUAAAGCUGCUUUGUUAGGUUACUUAUAUUUUAACUGUCUUUUCUUAGUUUCCAUUUCAUUUUCCUUUUUUUUUCUAAUUUUGGUGACUCAGUGAUUUUGUCAUUUUUUACAUCAACUUCAUGGUCUUGUUUUUACAUGGUAUUGCAUGUAUUUAGGACCGAUCUAUCAGGGGCUUUAAAUAAAUUUGGUCAUAUUUAUGUGUAAGCACAUUUUACUGUAAAUGUUUGAGUUUCUGAAUUUACAACAGAUCUGUUUAUUUCAGUAUGUAGUAAACAAUAUCUUAAAGUGUCCUAUUCACUACUUGUUAAUUAAAAGGUUAUGAUUAAUAUGAAACUGUUGUCUUACUAUUUUUAGAAAAUUGUGUUCUGAUGAAUAAUAGUUGGUUAAAGGUGAUUUCUGGAAUAUAUGGAUUGUUUUGAAAUUUUCAGGUUUGGCUCGUUUUCUGUAAUGGAUAAAGACAAUUUAGUAUUUGGGCAACUUUUUUUUUCUCCUAAUUUUGCCUCUAUGGCAAAUGAUAUAAAACUAGACUAAAGAUACAGCUUUUUAAUAUUUGUCUUCUGAUGGUGACAGGAAUUCAUACAUUAAUUGAACUAACACAUCAUAUUGACCUACUAUUUCUAUCAUAUUGACUUACUGUUUCUGCACUUCCUUGACCUGACGUAACUUAAAAUGUCCACGUUUGUUAAAAUGUAGUCACACCUCUGAUAUAAGCC